GUUCGCAUGAGUGAGACAAACAUAAACGGAAACUGUGCGAGGGAGAGAGAAAAUACACACAGGCACACAGCUUAGAUCAGACAGUCACGAAUGUAAUCGACAGACGAGGGUAGUUAUAUACAAAAAAAAAGAAGUGGUGUUUUGGAUUAUACUAAUGUGUGCGUGUUUUCACGUUUUGUGCCUUUUAUCCCAAAUGUAUAAACUUAUGAAAAAUUCUUAGACAUAUGUCUAUUGGAAUUAAAGACAGUGCGAAUCGCGCUGUAAGAAGACAAACAAGAGGACCGAUGUUGUAACAAACGGCCAAAAUGGAAGAGAGAAGCGUUCAUAGCAGUAUCAGCGAUAUAAAUAGUGAAGAGGCGGUUAGAACUGAACCUUUAAAAAUUCCACGUAAGAAGAGAAUAUGUCUGGUUGGUGCAGCAAGUGAGGAUCCAUCGCUUGGAGCUGCUGCUCAACAAUUCAGCGUACCAGUGUUAAAAUCUCAAACCGGAAUAGAACAUAUAGAAGAUACCGCCUAUUGCACUUAUUUUAUUUUAAAAGAUUUCGAAGGUUAUGAAUAUGAUGUGUUGCACAAGAGUGCCCACAGAAUAUUGGGACCAACAGCUCUCCUACAGUUGGCAGAAAAGAAGGAAUCGUUACCAAGUAAUAAUCGACCAAUGUACACUCAAGCAAUGACUGGGACAGUGGUUGUGUUUACUGGUUUCCGAAAGAAAGAUGAGUUGACGAAACUUAUCAAUAUGAUUCACAACAUGGGGGGAAGUAUUCGAAAAGAAAUGGGCGCAAAAGUUACCCACCUUAUCGCAAAUUGUUGUGGAGGUGAAAAAUAUAGGUACGCCGUUACGUUUCGGGUUCCUAUUAUGUCAUCGAACUGGGUAACUGCCCUUUGGGAUAUGAAAGAUGAAGUUACCUGUUAUGGUACCAAUGAAGAAUUAAUUUCAGCGUGUAAAUUGAAGCCAUUUUACGGGGCGAAGGUUUGCUUUUUCGGUUUUCCUGAGGAAGAGAAGAAGCACAUGUGUGAAGUUCUCCAACAACAAGGUGGAGAACCCACAGAAAUUGACGAUCCAAACUGCACUCACGUGGUGAACGACUUAGGCAAGAAUCAGUGCAGCAUAACCGACAGUGCGAACAACACGCUACCAUACUUUAAGAAUUCUUGCUAUUCUCUUCAGACUCCUCUUCGUAAAUCGAAAAACGAGCCCCACUCCUUUAUUUAUUACGAUCCAUCCUCAAGUAUCAAUUAUUCAGAUAACGAACUGACUGACAUUGAUUUCAAUUCAGAUCCAGAUAAUCGUGAUAUUUUAUUCUCAAGUUCAUUUGCAAGUAAUUUCGAAUAUUCACACGAUUCAAUUUCAUUAAAUAACGAUUCGGCAAUCUGUAUGAAUUUCAAAGCGAGUCAUUUGAAUAUUUCCGAGAAAUCAUUUCUCAUUUUUGAAUGUCUUCGCGCUAAAAUUGAAUCCAAACUCGAUGUAUCGUCAUUGUCAAAUAUUUCACAAAGUAUCAAAGAUUCUGGUUUUUCUUCACUUUGUGAAAUAUCAUUGAGACCAAUGUCAACAAAUUCAUACGAUAUGGAAAUUGAUGAGUCGAGUUUCUACGAGAAAAUGAGUAUCGAAAAUGAAAAUGUCGAUGAUUUUGAUUUUAUUACUUAUCGUUCACAAACGGAUUUCACUAAUUGCGUUGAUAACAAUAAUAAUAAAACCGAUUUAUCGCGACGUUACAUGAAAUGGAGAAAAUCAAGAUCGUCAUUCACAAUUACAAAAACAGUAAAAUCGCGUAAAUUUGCAAAAACAAAAUUUCAAUCCAAACCGAAAGUUAAUAAAAAUCGUAAACGUUAUUUAAAGGAGAAAAAUAAUUCGGCUAUUUUAACACAGGGGAAUAAGAAAUUACAGAAUUCUUUGAGAUUAAAUAAUUCAUUGUUCGCGAAAAUAUGUAAUGUCGUUAUACCCGCAACUUUUAAACAAUACAUGCCAGUCAGUCCAUUACAUCAGGCGUUAGAUAAAAAUUUAUCAAAACAGAAAUAUACUCCUCUACCUGUUCCUGAAAAAAUUGCUGUUAUCAAAUCGAAUGCAAAUUUUAAUCGUGAUAGAAAGAUCGCGAGUCAAUAUUCAUCAUCUACUCCCUUUAAUCGACGCUCUGCUAAAGCUGAACGAUCCAGGAAGGAUACGCAGCCAUUUCUUGUGGUUGUAGACGAAUCCAACGUUAACGCGUUACCUGAUCUGGCAUCAGUUAGAGCUCACAUAGUUAAGGCCGAGUGGUUUUGGACGUCUGUACAAAAUGAAGGCGCAGCUGAUGAAAGAGAAUACCUCUUUGAGGACUACUUGGAGUCUGUUAUGUCGCCUUCAGUUUCGGCGCGAAGGGACAGUCAACAGGCAGCAACGCCGAGCACUGCAUCAACAAGAAGAAAACGCAAAAGACUUGCGGAAACAAUAUCUAGUCUUGUACAAAAUGGUACAGAUUCGCCAGCAGUACAUAAAAGGCGAUCGAGUAUCAGUGAUGCUGGACAUUUAAGUGUCAGUGGGAGUUUUCUCGAUUGUACGACAAGUCCUGAAAAACAACUCUUAGAUGAUAUUCCAGAAGUUGAAGCUGUCAACACUGAAGCAGCAAGAAAGAAUCUUUCGCCUAGAUAUCAAGUGUUUUUGGAACUCGUUCAAACCGAAUCGAAUUAUGUCGGGAUCCUCAAUACAAUUAUGAACUUAUUUAAAUCCCCCUUGGAAGUUUUAAUAGACACCAGUGGAGAAUUGUUAAAUAGUACAGAGGUGAAAAUUAUUUUCGAUAAUUUCCCACCAAUUUAUGAUGUGCAUAAGAAAAUAUUGGAAAUGUUGCGCGAAAUCGCAGCGAACUGGACGGAGGAAGUUAGUAUAGGAAAUAUAUUUUUAAAAUGUGCCCGAGAAUUAUUGACGGCAUAUCCUCCGUACGUGAAUUUCUUUGAGAAUACAAAGGAAAUGUUGGACCAGUGCGAUCAAAAUAAGCCGAGAUUUCAUGCCUUUCUUAAAGUUUGCCAAACCAAACCCGAAUGCGGAAGACAAAGUUUAAAAGAAUUAUUGAUAAAACCAGUGCAGAGAUUACCUAGUAUUAGUUUAUUAUUAAAUGAUAUUCUUAAGCACACGAAUAAAAAUAAUCCGGAUCACGGUGCCUUGGAACAUGCGAUUAGCAGUAUUAAGGAAGUGAUGACCUAUAUAAAUGAGGAUAAACGAAAAACGGAAGGCCAGUUAGUUAUGUUUGAUAUAUUCAACGAAAUCGAUAAUUGCCCCCCUCAUUUAGUGUCUUCGCAUAGAUCAUUCAUUGGUAAAUGCGAGGUAAUGGAAUUAAGUGAGGGCUUAAGUGGUCGUGGUGAUCAUUUAGUUCUUUUCUUAUUCACCGACACUUUGGAAAUUUGUAAAAAGAGAUCGAAAGCUUUCAAUUCUUUAAAAAGUCCAAAUACAGUGAACGGUCUUCAUUCUGCAAAAUUAAGUCAAGGAAAACCGUACAAACAUAUCAGGAUGCUUUCUCUUAGUACAAUAAAGAAAGUCGUCGACAUUCGAGAAACUGAUGAGUGCCAUAAAGUAUUUGCGUUGAUGGUUCGAAGUAAUCAAGAAUUAAAGGAGAAAUUAUUUUCCUUUACAAUUACAGACGAAGAAGUGAACAAAACAAAUUAUUUACGAACUCUUUGUCGACAAAUGGCGAAUACAGUUUGUAAACCAGAUGCGGAUACAUUUCUAAUCAGUCUUGAUUCGCAUCAGUUGGAAAUCGAUACUAGUGACGUUGCAUUAGGAACAUUAAGUAAAGCAUUUAAGAGUCUAUUUCAUAAUUUUUACCUGGAGUAUAUGGACCCGUAUGUGUUCCUACUCAAUAGCAUGUGUGAAACCACAUUUAAUGUUCCACUGCCGUUUGCAUCGCGUACGAGAAUGAAAGUUGGUCGUGCUUUUAGUUUUAACAAAACCCCAAGUAAAUUGAAGAGGGCAAUGUCGACAAUGAUGUCGCCAUUUGGAUCAACACACAGCCUUACACCAGCAAGUCAGCAACUUGCUCAAAUGAGACUGGCGAGUUGCAAUAAUAUUAACGAACUUGGCAAUGGCGGUCCGGGUUCGCAAAGUAGAGAUGAAGUUUUAGUGGCACCAAUGUCGGUACAACCGACACGAAAGGCAAAGUGCAGCACACUCAGUAUGGCUUCACUUCGAAGAAACUGUUCCGAAGAAAUAAUUCCAGACGAUUCUGAUCUUUAAGAGGAAAAAAAUGACAAAGCAUAAUUCAACGUAAAAUACAAAUUAUUGUCAAUAUUAUUGUCAAGAAAUGGAAAAUUGCAUUUCUUUUCUACUCUUGAGGAAGAAAAGUUUCAGUGCCAGAAACAAGAUUAAAAAAAAAAAAAAUUGGAAUUGUGAAUAAGAAACUUGCCUGUUAAAAUUUUUUCUUGCGAUUAUUAUCCAUUAAGUCAUUAAUCUGUAUUUACUACAAUUAGUUUUUGGGAGAAUUUUUUGUACAGAAAAAAGAUUCUUUAUUGUGCGAUGAUGAAAGUUGAUAAUUUUAGUCUCAGGGAGAGUCCAAGAGAAAAAAAAGCGAGAAAAAGAGAGAGAGUGCAGUUAAUUUAUUAUAGUUCUCACUUAAUAAAAAUUGCUCCAAAAAUAAAAAUUCGAACAAAAAAGAAUAAAAAAAUAAAUAAAUUUCCAGUGGCUCAAAUUUUGUAUAGAUGUAUUUUGACAAAAAGUGAUAUUUUAUAUAUAAAGGAAAAUUUUUGAUGUUUCUAAAUUAUGUUUACAAAAAUUAAAACAAAUAUUUAACUCAAAAAUUUUGUAAGAGAAUUUUACAAGAACAGCGAAAAAAAAUCUAAUUUUAAAAGUAUUUGGAAUAACUUUGAAUGAA